UCUCUCUCUCUCUCAGAUAUACGACUACAAAUUAACAAUAUUUAUCAUUUACCUCGCUGUAUAGCUUUCUCUCAUUUCCAUCAAACAAGUUAAGAUUAAGAGAAGAAAGGCUCCCGUAGUACUAGCUAGCUGGCUGAUCAGAGUAUACUAUCAAACACAAUGAGGAAGCCGGAUCUAGUGGGCAAAGAUAGAGUACCGAGCAAUAGUAGCAUUAACAAGGCCAAACUUAGAAAGGGUUUAUGGUCACCAGAGGAAGAUGAGAAACUCAUCAAGUAUAUGUUAACUAAUGGACAAGGGUGUUGGAGUGAUAUUGCUAGGAAUGCAGGCUUGCAAAGGUGUGGCAAGAGUUGCCGUCUUCGUUGGAUUAACUAUUUGAGACCUGACCUCAAGCGUGGCGCCUUUUCUCCUCAAGAAGAAGAGCUUAUCAUCCAUUUGCACACCAUUCUUGGCAACAGGUGGUCUCAGAUUGCGGCACGUCUUCCAGGAAGGACAGACAACGAAAUAAAGAAUUUCUGGAACUCCACAUUAAAAAAAAGAUUGAAGAUCAAUAACACUUCCACAUCCUCACCAAAUGACAGUGAUUCAUCAGAGCCAAGAGAUCAUGCCAUAGGAAAUAUCAUGCCCAUGCAUGAUCCUGACACUAUGACUCUAUGCAUGGACUCAUCUUCCUCAUCAUCCAUAUCCAUGCAAGGUAUGAUCACAAGCAACCAAUUUGAUUCUUUCUCCAUGCUCAACAACCGCUAUGAUGUGACUGGUGCAGCGAGUUUCUUUGACAUGUCUACAUGCUUGACACAAGUGGGUAUGGGAGAUGGAUUUUAUGGUGAUCAUUAUGGGAUUUUGGAGGCCAAUAAUAAAACGGGCCUAGAAAGUGAUCUUUCUCUUCCACCACUAGAGAGUAGAAGCUUUGAAGAGAAUAAUACAGUGAGUAAUAACAGAAUUGGCAUGAAAAGCAACAACAACAACUGCUUCGAUAAUACUUGCUUCGAUAAUACUUGCUUCAACAAUACUGAUCAGAGAUUUAAAGUUGAGGACAUUUUGGGGCUUGAAAAUCAUUGGCAAGGAGAAAACUUAAGAAUGGGAGAAUGGGAUUUUGAAGGCUUAAUGGAAAACAUAACUUCCUUUCCUUUACUUGAUUUCCAAGUAGAAUAACCAUCUACCCUUACCCCCGGCCCCUUCUCAUAAAGCUACCCUUUGCUAUCGAUGCUAUGUCCUAGGAAAUUUUGGGCAUAUACUUUCUUCCUCAAAAUUACCAAAACAAACUUCUUUUUCAAACUUUCUAGUUUGGUACCCUCAAAAGUUUUUAUUUUUGAAAAAAAAAUCCUUUUUUUUCCCAUCAAUAUUCUGCUUGCUCUCUCUAUACCUUUUGUUUCUUCCAGCUGUGAAAGAAGUUUAUGCGUGAACGCUUCCUUAUUGUUGGAAAGGCAUGCAAUAAGUAUUGCAAAUUAGAGAUUAGAGGUGGCCAGAGAUUCUUUGUAUGUAAUUGGAUCGGUCUUCGAGGCAUUCGGUCAUUUCUUGGAACGAGUUGGUGCAAUAAUCAUCGUUCCCUUGAAGGAGAGAAAUGUGAAUAGCAGUAUAGAAAGUAGAAGGGGAAAUAAAGGCACGAUUAGUAGGUGAAUUGUUUAGUAGCAUGUACAAAUUAUAAACAGAAAAUAAUGAGGAGGUGAAGGUUGUUAUUAGUGGGAGAUGAGAUGUGAUGAGAAGGAUAAUGUAAGACACCUUACGUUAAUAAGAAGAAGCUUGUUACAUACA